AUAUGGGAGGAAGGUAAGGUGGUGAUGGGUGUGAGAAAUGAGCAUGUGAUUGUAUGAAUUGGAUUCACUUUGUGUAAAAGCUGAAAAUUUUACGUGUUUUCUCACUUGGGUUUGUUUUCCAUUUUUAAAUUUCAAGGUAAAGGAAGAUCUAGAACCUUUCUGAGACAGAAUUCGAGUCUGAUUUUCCAGGAAAGGUUCCCUGUUGCUGCAAUAUUUCUCUCUCGCAUCCCGAGAAGAUAAAUUUGGUCUUUUGGUCUCUUUUUGUUUCUGGGUAUCUGAUUUUCAGUGUUUGUUUGUAACAGAAAGCUUGUUGUUUGUAAUCUCUUCGUCUCGCUGUUUGUGUAAUUUUUUCUGUUUGUUUCAAGCUUGUUUGCUAAUUAGAUCUCCUUUUGACUAGGGUUUAUUUGUUUGUUUGUUGCGUGAUAGGUCUUUGUUGUGUGAUUGCUUUCUGUCUAUCGCAAUUGUUCUAAAGGUUUUGUAGAUUUAUUAUUGUUGAUCUCUUGCGUUUGAGAAUUAUUUCUGUAUUCUAGGUUUUUCUCAGCACUCUGUUUUCUUGAGGUCGUUUUUUGCAGCUUCAAAUAUAAUAAUCUUUCGAGCUUAUAGUUUCUUUAACCCUAGGGUUUCUUUUGCUUUCUGAGUGUUAGGACUUUGGGUGGUGCAUAUCUUAAUAUCACGACCUGCUGCUGUUUCCUUCUGGUCUUUGCCAAAUCUGUUUUAGACGCUGUAUACUUCUUUUUAGCGAGGGUAGCGAUUUCUGUAGAUGGAUAAGGAUAAAGCAACUGGUCAUGGUGGUGGUUUACCACCUCCAUCAGGUCGUUUCUCUAGUUUUUCACUACCUGGGAGUUCUUUUAAUGUGAAACCUGAGCCACAAUCGUCUGCAUUUCCUCCCAUGGCUCCAGUUGGUAGUUCAGACCCUAGUCAUUUUGGUCAUGGAUCAGAUUCUAGCCGCUUCAGCCAUGAUAUUAGUCGUAUGCCUGAUAACCCACCUAAGAAUUUGGGCCACCGGCGAGCUCAUUCAGAGAUUCUCACUCUCCCUGAUGAUAUUAGCUUUGAUAGUGAUCUUGGUGUAGUAGGUGGUGCGGAUGCGCCCUCUUUAUCUGAUGAGAAUGAGGAAGAUUUGUUAUCAAUUUACCUUGAUAUGGAUAAGUUCAAUUCAUCCUCUGCUACAUCUACUUUUCAAUUGGGGGAGUCAUCAACUCCAGCAUCAGGAUCUGCAGUACCAGCAGACUUUGGUGCUGGUCCUAGUGAAAGGCCUAGAGUUAGGCACCAACACAGCCAGUCAAUGGAUGGUUCGACAACUAUCAAGCCGGAGAUGCUCGUAUCAGGUGCGGAGGAGGUGUCUCCAGCUGAUUCUAAGAAAUCAAUAUCCGCUGCAAAGCUUGCUGAACUUGCUCUUGUUGAUCCCAAACGUGCAAAAAGGAUCUGGGCAAAUAGACAAUCAGCUGCAAGGUCAAAGGAAAGGAAAAUGCGAUAUAUAGCUGAACUUGAACGGAAAGUGCAAACACUGCAAACAGAAGCAACAUCAUUGUCUGCUCAAUUGACUUUAUUACAGAGGGAUACAAAUGGUCUGACUUCUGAAAAUAGUGAACUCAAACUGCGGUUGCAGACAAUGGAGCAGCAGGUCCACUUACAAGAUGCAUUAAAUGAUGCAUUGAAAGAAGAAAUUCAGCAUCUGAAGGUAUUGACUGGUCAAGCUAUGCCCAAUGGUGGAGCCAUGAUGAAUUUUGCAUCUUUUGGAGGGGGCCAGCAGUUCUACCCUAACAAUCAUGCGAUGCAUACUCUUUUGACCACACAGCAGUUUCAACAGCUUCAAAUUCAUUCACAGAAACAGCAGCAUCAAUUCCAGCAGCAUCAACUGCAUCAGCUUCAGCAGCAGCAACAACAACAGCAAGAACAGCAGCCAGUUGGAGAUUUGAAAAUGAGGGGAACAAUGCGUUCUCCGAACCAGAAAGAGAAUGCAUCAGAUAUUAAUCCACCUGCAACAAACGAAUGAUAAGUGAUUUUGGUCAUUUGGCAGCUUUCUUGUGCUAGGGUCGCCUCUUGUGUAAAAUCGCAGUUGCAGUAUGUUGUCAUAUAGGAAUCUGCAGUCUUUAUCCAUAACCUUAUUCUAUUGAUUUUUUUUACCCGGUCUGUUUAGAUGCAUUUGAAUUAUAUUCGUUUUAGGCAGUUCUAUAUUCUGAGUCUAGUUGGAUGCUUCGUUUUAUGAUAUAGUCAUAUGGUAUAGUUUAUUUAGCAUCUUUGAUGCGAUCUUAUAUAAUCUUUGAUGGAUUUUUUUGAAAUGUUCCGCUA